CAUUUUGGCAUCUUGUAAUACUUUUUGAUACAAACUUCAAACUAGCCGAUUUUUCUCCGGAAUUUCGAAUUUAUUAUUAGACAGAUUUUGCAUCAUAACCAUAAAGGAGACACCAUUAGUCACAAUGCAUUUUCUUACUGCUGCUGAAGUUCGUAUGGCUUAUUUAGACUUUUUUAAGGAAAAAGAACAUGUGUAUGUGCACUCAUCAAGCACGAUUCCGUUGGAUGAUCCAACGCUUCUUUUCGCAAAUGCCGGUAUGAACCAAUUUAAGCCCAUAUUUUUGGGAACUGCUGACCCAAACAGUGACAUGUCGAAAUGGUUACGUGUAGUGAACACCCAAAAAUGUAUACGUGCCGGUGGUAAGCAUAACGAUUUAGACGACGUUGGAAAAGAUGUGUACCACCAUACAUUUUUUGAAAUGCUGGGAAACUGGUCGUUUGGUGAUUACUUCAAAAAAGAAAUAUGUCAUUGGGCUUGGGAGUUCUUAACGGAUAGACUUGGCCUUCCAAAGGAAAGAUUGUAUGUUACUUACUUUGGAGGUGACGAAGCAAAUGGUUUGGCACCUGAUCUAGAAUGCAAGCAAAUAUGGAUUGAAUUGGGUCUAAUGCCAGAGCAUAUCAUACCUGGUAAUAUGAAGGACAACUUUUGGGAAAUGGGAGAAACAGGUCCAUGCGGGCCGUGCUCUGAGUUACAUUUUGAUCGCAUUGGAGGUCGCAGUGUACCAGAAUUAGUCAAUAUGGAUGAUCCUGAUGUUUUGGAGAUAUGGAAUUUAGUUUUUAUUCAAUUUAAUCGAGACCAAGACGGAAGCCUGAAACAACUGCCAAAAAAGCAUAUCGAUUGUGGUAUGGGAUUCGAACGCUUAGUGUCUGUUAUACAAAACAAGCGAUCAAAUUACGACACAGAUAUUUUUGUUCCCUUGUUUGAUGCUAUACAAGCAGGAACUGGUUGUCCACCAUAUAAGGGCAAUGUGGGUGCAGACGAUGUUUCUGGUAUAGAUAUGGCCUACCGUGUACUGGCGGAUCAUGUUAGGACUUUAACUGUGGCAUUGGCAGAUGGAGGAGUUCCAGACAAUACUGGCAGAGGUUAUGUAUUACGUAGAAUAUUGCGACGUGCUGUAAGGUAUGGAACCGAAAAGCUUAACGCAAAACCAGGACUAGUAGGCUCCCUCGUUUUCACCGCUGUUGAUUUACUGGGCGAUGCUUUUCCGGAAGUAAAAAGAGACCCUCAACAUAUAAUCGAUAUUAUUAAUGAAGAAGAGCAGCAAUUUCUCAAAACACUAACCAGGGGUAGGAAUCUGUUCAAUAGAACAAUUGCGAAACUAAGCAAUGAUAAAUUAAUUCCUGGUGAAGUCGCCUGGCGUUUAUACGAUACCUAUGGAUUUCCCAUAGAUUUAACACAGCUAAUGGCUGAAGAAAGGGGCUUUGGAAUUGAUAUGGUUGGUUAUGAGGCAGCUAAACGAAACGCAUACAUUCUUUCGCAAGGAAAAGGUAUAAACAAAGUUGACGAAAUAAAUCUAGAUGUACAUGCUAUCGCUCAACUUAGAGAAAAACAAAUCGCUGUUACCGAUGAUAGCUUCAAAUAUCAAUAUGAAAGUGUGUCCAACGAUCCUCAGUCAGAAUAUAAAUUCAGUCCCUGCAAGGGAACAAUUGUAGCAAUAAGGUUCAACAAUGAGUUCGUAGAUGAACUGAGUUCCGGCCAAAAAGCAGGAGUUGUAUUAGACAUGACAAAUUUUUAUGCAGAAAGUGGAGGCCAAAUAUACGAUCAAGGCGUUUUAACAAAGAUUGAAGAUGAAGAAAAUGAGUUUAUUGUUGACUUUGUAUACAAUCGAGGAGGUUAUAUACUACAUAUUGGUACCGUGGAAGGCCGAAUUUCGGUUGGCGAUAUAAUGAAUUUGCAUAUUGAUACUGAACGACGUUCAUUGGUAAUGAAGAAUCACUCUGCAACGCACGCUUUGAAUCACAGUUUGCUACAAGUGCUUGGAAAAGAUACGGACCAGAAAGGAUCACUAGUAGUACCAGAAAAACUCCGAUUUGAUUUUAGCAACAAAUCUGGAAUGACAAUAGAACAAAUUGCAAAAACUGAACAAUUAACAAAAGAUAUCAUAAAAAAGAAUAUUCCGAUUUUUGCGAAAGAAUCGCAAUUAAAAGUAGCUAAGACAAUACGGGGAUUACGAUCGGUAUUUGACGAAGUUUACCCAGACCCGGUUAGGGUUAUAUCAUUUGGUGUUCCUGUAGAAGAACUGGAGCAGAAUCCAGAAAGUGAUGCUGGAGAAAAAACUUCUGUUGAAUUUUGUGGAGGUACUCAUCUAAAACGAUCAGGUCACAUGAUUGAAUUCGUAAUAAGUAGCGAAGAAGCCAUAUCAAAGGGUAUUAGACGUAUUAUUGCGCUUACUGGGCCCGAAGCUAUUAAAGCAAUAAACAAAGCAAAGCUUUACCAAAAUGAGAUUGAAAAACUCAGUAAGGAUAUUGACAACAACUUCGAUGAAAAAAGCUCGAAACACAUAGUGAAGAAAAUUGUAGAUUUGAGUGAAGAAAUUGCUCGUGCAAGUAUUCCACAUGUGCAAAAGGAUGAAAUGAGAACAGCCCUAAAAAAUCUUAAGAAGAUAUUGGAUGAUAAAGAACGUGCCUUAAAAAACAUUGUUUCCGUUAAAGUAGUGGAAAAGGCUAAAGAACUCUGUCUUUCAAACAGUAAUGCAAUGUUUAUUGUAGAACAUUUAGAAGCCUAUAAUAACACAAAGGCCUUGGAUGCUGCUCUUAAGCAGGUGCGUUUACUUAAUCCCGAUACAUCGGCCAUGUUUAUAUCAGUUGAUGCCAACAUAAAAAAAAUAUUUUGCCUUUCAUCUGUUCCUAAAAGUGCUAUCGAAAAGGGGCUAAAAGCUAACGAAUGGGUUCAGCACGUUUCCGGUGCUCUCAAUGGCAAAGGUGGGGGCAAGCCAGAAUCUGCACAGGCAUCUGGAACAAAUUACGAUAAUGUGCAAGAAGUACUUGACCUAGCUAAAGAGUUUGCUAAGUCUAAGCUUCAAAUUUAAUGAUUGAAUGUAGAAGCGUAUUUAAUUAUUAGCAUUUAUUUCAUUUAUUAAAAAUUUAUUUGCAUUUAUACAUUAAAAUUUGUUUUUUUUUUUAAUAUUGCGGUGGAUGGAACGAAUGUUGAUAUGGUACUUCGUAAGAUACAACGAAGUACACAAAUAAAAAACUUUAAUAAACA